UAUUUUGCGCCUUUUGUAUUAUUUGUUCAUAUUUUAUUCAUGAUUUUAAUAUACUAACAAUAAAUUACCAACUUAAUAUCUUCGGAAAUGGGCAGAAUUUGUCCCAUACUACAUCAUCCUCUUAAUGAUGGAGUUUUAAUCGAUGAUGAUGCUAUAAUACAUUUUAUACAUAAAAGGAAUGUAGAUUUUCUACGAACUGAACUUGUGUGCCGGUCAUGUAAACAUGAAGUUACGAAAUUAUACAAUAAAAAAUUAAAAAAAGCACGCAAAUUGCAUGAAUUGCGUAAAACCCGUUUACAUGACGGCUCACUAUCCACAUUUAAAACAAGUCAAGUGUCGUCUGCUGUGUCGGUAACAUUAGACAGUUCUGUAGAAAAUCGCAGAGCCAGCAGUGUUGGAAUACCUUCACCAUACGAACUGAGCGGUAGAACAAGUUCCAUUGAGCGAAAUAACCAUAGUAUAAAUUCUGGUAAAUUUAUAAACACAACACCAGGCAAUGUCAUCUCUGAGAAUCAACAAAAUUCAGCGACUACAUCCGACCGUUCCCUAGAGAAUGGUAGAGAGAGCAUUGUUAGUAUAACAUCAAGUAGCAUUGAGCAAAAUAACCACAAUGGAAAUUCAGCCAAAGUUAUCUCUGAGAAUCAACAAAAUUUAGAGAAAAAUGUGACAAUACGUAAACGAACCAUAAAAGAUUUUUUGAUUGCCAAACCAGUAUCUCUUACAUCAGACUCUUCGAACCAUGAGUCUGAUGUAGUUAGAAGACAUUCCCAACAGCCUUCAACAAGCAAAGUGACGACUACCACUUCUCAGCACGCUGUAAACUCUAAUAAACGUCCCAUAUCCGCUGUUAUUGAUAGUGAUGACGAUGAAAGCCUUAGUUUAAAUGCUGUUAAUGGUAUGCGUCUACCUCAUAUACAGCCUCUUCCACCCAAACGCAAACCAGUUACUUCAAAUUCUUUGGCACGAGAUAUUAUGGAUGAAUACAUAAAGGACGUUACCGGGGGUUGAUCGAUUUAUUUAUUAUUAUUUUUUGUUUAAACUUAUAUUUUAAAGUUAAAGUGUGUGUUAAAUGAAUUAUAUGAACAAUUAUUAUUUUAGUUAUUAAAAAUGUUUUAAGAAAUAGUCAUUGUUUUGAGACAAA